AUGAAGAAUAUUAAGUUUUUGGUUUUCUGUGCUUUUGUUAUUGUCAUGAUGAUCUUAAGCAGUGAAAUGGUACGUGUGGAUGGAAGACAUUUGACGACUAAGCAUCAUUGCAAGAAACAUUGUUCCAAGGACAAAGGAAACAAGAACUUCGACACAAAUGCAAAAGGAGUUUCGGUCAGUGCAAAUGGUGCUUAUUCUUCUUCUUACGCGGAGACCAAUGUGAGUAAGGUGGAGCAUGCAGAAGAUUUUCGACCGACCGCCCCAGGGCACAGCCCAGGUGUAGGUCAUUCUGUUCAUGGUUAG